UUCACAAGACAAGGCGAAUAAAGAACGUUAUUUGAAUCCACAUCACGACCUAUUCGUCUUAGUGGAAAAGUCUACGUUGGAUAAAUUCGAUGGAGAAAUUGAGUUUCGAGUUAAACUAGAAAAACGAAUUUCGUCCGAAAUGGGCCGAUCUAGGACGCAAGAUGUAACCAACGAGUCAGUCCAACAAGUCAACGUCGUAAAUCUCGUUCUCAACGGUGACAACCACACACUGGAAACUGUUACACGUGCAAUGGACUAUGGGACACCAUCCGUGGUAGUAAAAGGAUCAAAAGGUGUUGCGGAGUUUAUAUCAUAUGAGGUCAAUAACACGACUGAUAGCCAAAAGCGACAAGACGAGGACCGUGAAUACAGCAAGAAUGGAAUUAUAACGGAUAGAACAAUUCGAGAUGAAACGUUACACACAUUUCAAAAAACAUACCAUGAAAAGCCAUACCUUUUAUGGGUUUGGGAUCUGCGCAACAUGCCUGACAUACCUGAUAAAUGGAUUCUUGAUAUAUGUUGGAAAGCAAAGAUGAUUAAAGAGCGUCUUGCGCCAAUGCGUCUUCGCGAGCAUGACCUAGCAUUAGUUUCCAAGUGGUGGCUGGCGUAUUCAGAUUGCAGUCGCAAUGAUGUUUUACAGACUGAUGACCUCGUGUGUUAUUUUUGUAUUCGCGAUUGUAUCGAACCUAUUAAAAUCUUAUAUCACUAUCUUGGCAUGAUGGAUUCAGUUUAUGUAGGCGCGUUGCAAUACAAGAAAAUGUGCAAUGAAGCCGAUACAGAUGGAUUGCUGAAAGGUUUACGGCCAAAGUUGAAGGAUCCUCCCGCAAACAAGGACUUGGCAAGGAUUAUGGAGGUUAUACAGAUAAUGAAGGCGCGCCCAGUGCAAAGCAAAAUACAUGACGAGGCAGUUAGUGAACAUUGGAAGCCUCAGCCUGACGUCUCCUGUAACCCAACGCAGAAGAACAGAGUAUUAUGUUUUGGAGAGAAGUCUAUUAAGUCCCAGAACAGGUCUUUGCCAUACGGGAACUACUUGUUUUUGUGGGCUUGCAUGAUGCGUAAACAUGAGUUGGCGGAAAUACUCUUUCGAAGGGUGGAGAAUCCGAUCGCUAUGGCUCUGAUAACAUAUAAUUUGUUUAAAGCUGUGGAACGACAAACAGACGACAAAGUGCUAAAGACUGAAAUGCAGAAAUACAUGAAAAAAUCAUCUGCUAUGGCGACGGGUAUUCUAAACGAAUGUGCCCUGAGAAAUGACACACACACGAAUCAGAUAUUAACUAUAGUGAUACCAGUUUGGCAGAAGACAUGCAUAGAAUUGGCUAUAGAAUCGAAACAUAUGGAGUUCCUUGACCAGCUAGCAGUCCGCAAUCUGCUUGGAACUGUUUGUAAUGGAAAACUCGAGGACACAACUAUGUUGAAGUUUUGCUCUUGUAUAAUGUGCCCAGCGUUAUCGCUAAAACUAUUGAAUUACAAAACGGACAAAAGUACGACCCAGGACAACCCAGUCGAACUUACAGCACAGAAAAAGUUCUGUCCAAACCUUGGCAAGAUCAAGGACUUCUUACUAGCUCCCAAAACAAAAUUUGCGUAUAAUUUGAUAUCGUAUGUGAUGUUUCUGAGCCUGUUCGCGUACGUACUGCUGUUUGAUCUCGCAUCAACGAUCUCGAACAUGGAAUAUGUGUUGAUGACAUGGGUAUUGGCUUUACUGGGAGAAGAAAUAAGACAGAUGGCUACGUCGAAAGAGAAAAAAAAGUACUUCUUGGAUGGAUGGAAUAUUAUUGAUAUUUGUACAAUCGCCAUGUUUUUAAUCGGAUUUGGAAUGCGAUUCAAACACUUUCAAGACGCGUUGGAUUGGCCCAGAGUCGUGCUUGCUGUCGAUUUUGUAGCGUUCUUCUUAAGACUGAUCCACAUCUUCUCUGUUCAAAAUGUCCUUGGUCCCAAACUUAUUAUGAUUCAACAAAUGUUUCAGGACAUGGUGUAUUUCCUUGUUAUUUUGGUGGUGUUUUUAUUAUCGUAUGCGAUUGCCUCACACUCCAUCCUCUUCCCUGAUUCUCCAGUUACUUGGGAAACAUUUCGACAAAUAAUAAGAAAGCCUUACUGGCAUCUUUAUGGAGAACUGUUUCUAGAAGAUACGGAAGGUUUUGCGGAUUGCACAACGGAUGUUAGUCUUUGGACAAACGGAACAUUUCCGCGUUGUCCAAGCAAAACUGGACAGCUUGUGGUUCCAAUCAUGAUGGGGAUGUAUAUGCUUUUCACCAAUAUACUACUUCUCAACCUUCUAAUUGCUAUGUUCAGUCACACAUUUACGGUUAUUCAUAAGCGAUCGGAAUCGCUGUGGUGUUAUCAGCGAUACUUCAUACUGAAGGAGUACGGAAUGAGACCUGUUAUAUGUCCUCCUCUAAACAUAUGUUGGCACAUAUACGAUCUUGUCCAACGCGUGUGCUGUCGACACGCGACUGUAGAAGAUCCUUUUCGAUUUGACUACGACAAAAAAUGCUCCAACAGUGCCAGUACAGAUGCUGUAAAGUCAAUAAUUAUUGAGAUAGACAGAGACACUCUUCGUGAUAAUUUUCCUGAUCUGCAAAGGAGGGCUCAAUCAUCAGUGUACGUUAGUAUUUACUGCGACUAA